UCGAGCCGCCCUCCGCACGCCCCCACCCAGAGGCGACCUGGCCGCGGAGGAGGCGGCGGUACCUUGGACAGAGCCGCCGCGACUCGCAGAGCCCGCCCGGCAGCCGCCCGGAGCUCCCCGACGAGCAGAACUGAGGCAUCAGGCUCCCUAAGUGCCCCCAAGUGACUUCAAUUUCUGUCCUCAACGAAAGAUACCAAAAGAAAUGCAGGAAUGCCUGACCUAGAAAAAAACAUGCAGAAGAACGAGAAAGAUACAUGCAGUAAAGAUGAAGGAGAAGUGCCAAAACUUCCAGUUCCACCACUGCAGCAGACCUUACACAUGUACCUACAGUGCAUGAAGCACUUGGUGCCAGAGGAGCAAUUUAAAAAGACCAAGGCCAUCGUGGAGAAAUUUGGGAUUCCAGGGGGCUUGGGGGAAUCCUUGCAGCAAAUGCUUGAGGAAAGAAGUGAAAAGACAACAAACUGGGUGUUUAACUACUGGCUGGAUGACAUGUACCUCAACAACCGCCUGGCUCUUCCAGUCAAUUCCAGCCCUGCAAUUAUCUUUGCUCGUCAGCAUUUCAAGGACGUGAAUGACCAGCUGAGGUUUGCCGCCAAUCUCAUUUCAGGAGUGCAAGACUACAAAGCUUUACUGGACACCCAUGCUUUACCUGCUGAUUUUUCUCGUGGACAGCUGUCUGGCCAUCCCCUCUGUAUGAAGCAAUACUAUGGACUCUUUUCUUCGUAUCGCCUUCCAGGACGUACCAAAGACACCCUCGUGGCCCAGAAAAGCAAUGUAAUGCCAGAACCAGAACACAUCAUUGUUGCUUGUAACAAUCAGUUUUUUGUUUUGGAUGUUGUCAUUAAUUUCCGUCGUCUCAGUGAGGGAGAUCUUUUCACUCAGUUACAAAAGAUAGCAAAAAUGGCAGAGAAUGAAGAGGAAAUGCUGCCUCCAAUUGGCCUGCUGACAACAGACGGAAGAACAGAGUGGGCAGAGGCCAGGAUGAUCCUUAUGAAAGACUCCACCAACCGCGACUCGCUGGACAUGAUUGAGCGGUGCAUAUGCCUGGUGUGCCUGGACAGCCCCAGCAGGGUGGAGCUCAGCGACACCAACAUGGCAUUGCAGAUGCUGCACGGAGGGGGCUGCCACACGAACGGGGCCAAUCGCUGGUACGACAAACCCAUGCAGUUUGUGGUAGGAAGGGACGGACUCUGCGGGGCCGUGUGCGAGCAUUCUCCGUUCGAUGGCAUCGUCAUGGUGCAGUGCACUGAAUACCUGCUCAGGCACAUGAAAGAAAAUUCCAAGAAGUUAGUCCGAGCUGAUUCAGUGAGUGAGCUCCCUGCUCCACGGAGACUCAGAUGGAAGUGUUCCCCUGAUAUUCAGACACACUUGGCAUCAGCAGCAGAAAAGCUCCAAAGGACAGUGGAAAAUCUGGAUUUUAUUGCCUACAAAUUUGAGCACUAUGGAAAGGAAUUUAUUAAGAAACAAAAGAUUAGCCCAGAUGCCUAUGUUCAAGUAGCACUUCAGCUGGCAUUCUACAGGUGCCACAGGAGGCUGGUCCCAACCUAUGAAAGCGCUUCCCUGCGCCGAUUUGAUGAGGGCAGGGUUGACAAUAUUAGGUCUGCUACCUCCGAAGCACUUGCUUUUGUCAAAGCAAUGGCAGGUGACAAGACAGCUGUGUCGGAUUCUGAGAAGAUACAGAAAUUUAAGGACGCAAUUGCAGCUCAGACUAAUUACUCUGUUCUGGCUGUUACUGGAAUGGCAAUAGACAAUCACCUGCUAGGGCUCAGAGAGGUGGCACGGGAGCACUGCAAGGAACUGCCAGAGGUAUUUACAGAUGAGACUUAUCUGACAAGCAAUCGAUUCAUCCUCUCAACCAGCCAGGUUCCCACCACUAUGGAAAUGUUCUGCUGCUAUGGGCCUGUGGUGCCCAAUGGAUAUGGGGCAUGCUACAACCCUCAGCCAGAGCACAUAUUGUUCUGCAUCUCAAGCUUUAAAGAAUGUAAGGAAACCUCCUCAGGCAUGCUUGCAAAAGCUGUGGAAGAAAGUCUCCUAGCAAUGAGAGAUCUGUGCAAGAAAUGCAGUUCUACUACAGCAAAGGCACCUGCUAAACAAGAUGCAGCCACCCAGCUGCAGUGAGCACUGGCACUAAGAGCUGUGGGAAUUAUUCUCCUGAAUCCACAAAGCAACAUGACAUAGCUGUUCAAAGGCAAGAUAAUAUUAGUAAUAUAAUAGUGUAGAACCAAAGUGAUAUUUGUUUCUCAUCUUUGCCAACAUUUACAACUCUGUGUACUAAAUCUGCCAUUUCUUGCUUAGGGGUCAGUGAAAAAGUUUUGGUCUCACUGGCUGAAAUGAAGGAGUAAGUCAUGAAAGUAUGUGUUGUGCUGCCAUUUCUAACCAUAAUUAUCCUGUGCCAUUUUAUCACCUAAAAAUUGAGUAAGUUCGUGUAUGACAUAAAUUAAAUACUAAGGCACACCAAUUAAUUAAUAUCCCCUGCCAGUAGUUCUAAAAUAUUCACAUCUAUUACUACAAGAUAUGCAUGUUAAGAAAAAAAGAAAUUUCCCCUGUUGGGAAUUUUGAGAGUAACACUGUAAAUAAUAGGCUGAUGCCAUUAUAUCUUGAACUUUUGCAUGAAGAUUAUUUAAUAAUACCAGUCUAUUUACUAUAUAAGAAAACCUGAUUAUUUUUAGAAGAGUGGCCCCUGUGCAUUUCCACAGAGUUAGGAACAUAACACGAGUGUUUGCAUGUUUCCCCCAGUCUGAAAAUGCUGCAGAAAUAAUUUAGCUUUUAUUCUGGUUUGCACUGGUCUCAAGCACAGUCCUGUUCUGAAAGCAGCAUAUUGGAGACAUGAUCCAUCACAGAACUGGGAGAAUUUUGUCCCUAAUGAAUUGACUUAAUUAUUUCUUUCUAUCAGUGAGCAAAACCCAGCCUGACAGUGUGGCAAAGCACAAAACAUAAGUACUUUUCAAUCCUACUUAAGACCUUCUCUGUUUGCAUUGGCAUUAAAUUAGUCACUGUGAGUGGCAGGAGAGUGAAUGCAACCACACAAAAUCAAAGAGCAAUAACUAUAAUGAAGAGGUAAAUUUGCAAUAUAAGAAAGUCUUCAAGCUAAAGUUAUAAAUACCAGUACAGGUACUCAUAUCAGCUUUGCAUCAUCCCGCUUGGAAGGAUUUAUAUUUUAUAUUUUUUAAUAGCAGAUGUAGGGUAGCAUAUUCUGCAAUAUACAGUAAAUUCAACCAGGAAAGUGGUAAUAUAUAGUGUCUGGUAAUUCCCAUUUUAUGUGAGUGUUAUCCUGAGGUUUUUCUCAUUAUAUCUUUCAUUCCCUGUAAAUCCUUCCAGAGACCAAUAUUUUCAGUUACUUUCUCAUGAGGUGAAAUAAUGCUGCCUCACUUAGAGGUGUUCAGUACUGUGUUAGAACACAGCUUACUCACUGACUGAAGACAAUUCCAAACUGCAGUGCAGAUCCAGCUGCCCAAGCUGGAGCACUCUGAGACCUGGCCAGGGAUGGCUUCCCUGCCUGUGGAGAGGUGGAGAUGUUUUCUCCUCCUUUGUAGACUGAACAAUCACACAGUUAAGCACUCUGAAGCCUAAAACAGAAUAGAUUUAUUGCAAUAACCUAGAGAUGCAGAUGUUUAAGAACUCUAGAUACAAAUUCAGGAGAUUCUCUAUGUCCAUGAUUAUUUCACUGCCUCUUUGAAGUGGCAUGCAUGCAAUUAAGCAGUCUGCAGGAUAAAGGACAUCCACAACCCCAUAUAUGAAAGCACAGUGGGCCUGAUAAUCAAUUAGAGCAAGUAGCUAUGUUGAGGUAAACCAACUAUGAUGAUUUGCAGACAUUAAGAGCUGGGCUCAUUUUUUUAAAGUUAUUAUAUUUCACUGAAAAUAUGUAUGUUUUAUUACUCCAUGAGCUGUGGUUCAAAUCAAAUAUGAAAUCUGGUUUUACAUUACAUAAAUAAUACCAUAGCAUAAAACCUGCCCCAAAGCUAUCAUAGAAUGGUUUAGGUUGGAAGGGAUAUUAAAGAUCAUUUUGUUCCCCCUUCCCUGCUAUGGACAGGGACACC